UACAUUGCGAACACACGACCUAGACACGCAACUGUGGGUGCUAAAAAUGCCAAAACCGGAACGAUUGAUAAUGCCUCCCUGUGUUGUCCUGUUGUCCUGUGUCCUGUGCCCUGUACCCUGUGCCGACGGCAGCCUUCACGCUUUAAUUGGCUGCCAACGACAAAUAAAAGUCAGGACAGCUGCACACCCAAGCGAUCGGAUCGGGCGAAUGUCAGCGGGGGGGGUUGAUGUGCGGACGGAUUAUGGAUGUGGAUGUGGACGUGGAUGCGGAUGCCGAGGCGCUGGAUGCAAUAUCAAACUCACCGCGAACCGCCCUGAACGCGCCGGCCAAUCAGGGCGCUCCUCGAGGCGUGGUGCUGGCUCGAUUAAGCCGCGGAGAAAGCAGAUUCCGCUCCGGCCGACUCAAUCCCUCUCCCUCGCUCUCUCGAGGUCGCUGGUCCGGAGGUUUGAUCGUUGCCAUAUUGAAUCCGAACUGGAAGGGCGGGCGCGAAAGCUGCUCUCGCUCUCCCCACCAGCUUGGUGGUGGCGAUGUGGAUGUGGACGGGAAACCAGUUUGCGGCGCGAUCUCAUUGUUCGUCUGUCUGCGGAGUCGGCCGGCCUUCGGUAAUUUAUGCCGCGCUUCUCUUUAGUUGCCUUGCAAGUCUCGUGCCGUUUGAUCGCCGAAGCGCGUGCAAUUCCCAGAAAAAAGUCCGCGCGAUUGCCGUCCCCCAUCGGUUGGUUGGGAGCUGCUUGGAAGCAAACUUCCGUCGGAAUCGGAACCUGCCCGUGGCAGUGGUAGUGAUGAAGUCGGGCCUCUGGGGGCCAGCUUCUCAGUGAAUACGGAGCACUAAAAGGCUUUCGACAUAAAGUGUGCAAUCGAAUCGACUUGAAUUAAACCCAAGCCAAAUAAAGUUGCUCCGCGUGAAGUUUAGUUCCUAAGUUAUCAGAUAAGCCCUAAGGAUUUUCCCCACCAUGGAUAUGUCCAGCGCCAACUCGUUGCGACCGCUCUUCGCGGGUUACCCCUUUCAAGGACAAGGGCGCGUCAACCAGCUCGGGGGCGUCUUCAUCAACGGCCGCCCGCUGCCCAAUCACAUUCGCCUCAAGAUCGUGGAAAUGGCGGCCAGUGGAGUGCGACCCUGCGUCAUUUCCCGUCAACUGCGCGUCUCCCAUGGCUGCGUCUCGAAGAUCCUCAACCGGUACCAGGAAACGGGAUCGAUCCGGCCGGGAGUCAUUGGGGGAUCGAAGCCCAAGGUCACCUCCCCGGAGAUCGAGACCCGGAUCGACGAGCUGCGCAAGGAGAAUCCCGGAAUUUUCAGUUGGGAAAUACGCGAGAAGCUGAUCAAGGAAGGCUUUGCGGAUCCACCCUCCACCUCGUCCAUCAGCCGGCUGUUGAGGGGGAACGAUCGGAGCAGCGAAGACGGGCGCAAGGACUACACCAUACACGGAAUACUUGGAGGACGCGACUCGGACAUAAGUGACACGGAAUCGGAGCCUGGGAUUCCCCUCAAGCGCAAACAGCGUCGCUCUCGCACCACCUUCACCGCCGAGCAACUGGAGGCCCUGGAGCGAGCCUUCGCCCGGACCCAGUACCCAGACGUCUACACCCGGGAGGAGCUCGCCCAAACCACGGGCCUGACAGAGGCGCGCAUCCAGGUGUGGUUCUCGAACCGAAGGGCUCGUCUUCGGAAGCACUCGGGCGGCUCCAGCUCUGGGCUCUCGCCAAUGAAUAGCGGCAGCUCGGGAGUGGGAGUGGGCGUAGGUCCCAGUGGUGCGACUGCUCCGCUUGGCUUUGGUCCUCUGGGAGUGGGCUCCAUGGCAGGCUACAGUCCGGCGGCAGGCACCACCGCCAACGGAGCGACAAUGAACGAGGGCGGUGUCCACCACACCGCCCAUGCUCCGAGCUCGCACCACAGUGCAGCGGCAGCCGCCGCAGUGGCGCACCACCACCCACAGAUGGGAGGCUACGACCUGGUGCAGAGUGCGGCCCAGCACGGAUUCCCCGGAAGCUUCGCGCAACCCGGGCACUUUGCCAGCCAGAACUACUACCAUCAAGACUACUCCAAACUGAGCAUCGACGACUUCUCCAAGCUGACCGCCGACAGCGUCUCGAAGAUCUCGCCCUCACUGCACCUGAGCGACAACUACUCCAAGCUGGAGUCACCCUCGAACUGGUCCCAGGCAGCAUACCACCUUAACCAGUCGGCGGUGGCGGCGGCGAACUACAAUGCCCAUGUGGCCCAGCACCAACUGAACGACUACGCCGCGGCGGCGGUCCACGGGAAUGCGGCAGCAGCGGCGGCCUACAACCACCCCUUGCCGGCCCAGGGUCAGGCCAAGUACUGGUCGUGAGCCCCCGUAAGGCACAAGAAGGCCCCAUACCAGCGUGUGGACAUAUCGGCUUGGCUAUAACUUAGAACUACUUUGCAUUACCCAUGGCUUUUAGAGGCGCAUUAAGGCUGGCUACGUUUCUGUAAAUGUAAAUUUAUAUAUUUAUUUAGCUUAAGAUGAACUGGUACGUAAUAUUUGAAGGUACCCUUGGACGCUUUUAAAUUGUAAAAACACUGAAGCGAAUAAACAGAUUUUUAGACUUA